CAAAUGGAGGAGACAGCGUCGACAAGGAUUGCUGCCCUCAAGAAGGAAAUUGAUUACCUGACACACAUGUUGAGUGAAACUGGCAGUCGAGCGAUCAACACUCAGGAUAUCCUAGAACGAAAAAUAGCAGCUCUGAUGAAGGAGGAUGAAACCAACCGAAGUAUCAUUGCGGAUUUAAAUGGAAAGCUCAGAGAAGCAGAAAGGAAUCUCCACAGCCAGGUCCAGCUAAUAGAAAAAGAAAGACAUUUAUCAGAACAAAAAGCAGAGGACCAGCAGACUAUCAGCAUACUGACACAGGAAGUGGGUCGUCUGCUGCAGAGGGUGGCGGCUCAGGCCCAUAGCCACACCACAACACAGGAGCUGGAGAGUCGAGUUCGACUACUGCUCGAGCAGGACGAUAACAACAAGCACACCAUUGAUGCACUUAGACAACAGAUAAGUCAGAUGUCACAGCAGGACGAUAACAACAAGCACACCAUUGAUGCACUCAGACAACAAAUCAGUCAGAUGUCACAGAUGUUCAGUGAGCGAGACCAGAAAACAACAAUUAAUCAGAAUGUGCAUCACAGGACAGUUAAUGAAUUAUUGGAACAAGGGAAGCUAAAACAAGAGACAAUCAAGGGCCUUGAGAACAAGAUCGAAGAGAUGAGAGAAACACUGAGUGAGUAUGAACAACGCAUAUCUUCGUAUCAGAUUCGACUUGAAAAUAAAGAGAAGAAGGUGAAAGAGAGUGAGGCGGAGAGUGAGGCGACCAUCAGGCACCUGCGGGAGGAGGUGGAUCAACUCACACGCAAGCUGGACACUAUUCACCGUAAGGUGUACGACGCUCGGGUGCGCCACGCCAGUACUGUUAAUGUUCAGACUGGUAGCCUCUCAUAGCAUGGUGCACAGUCAUCUGUUGUCGGCCAGUCAUUAUAAAAAUAAAAGCUAAUACUCAUUAAUGUGGAUGCGAACCCGGCGGUUUGUGAAUGAAAAACACUUUACAUGGCGACCUGUCCUCAGACCUGGCUUGUUAAAGCAUCGACUGUCACCCAUGAGGCAUUUAUCCAUUUUAACAUAUAAUAGGUUCUCGAAUAUAAAAACAGUUUCUCAAAUGUAAAUUAAUGUUACUAUUCAUUAAAGUUUUUUGUAUAGGUUUUAAGUUAUAGAUUAGGUUAGGUCUUUAAGUUCUGUUGACAUUGAUUUUUAUUUGAAGUACUGAGGUGGAGCAUUUACAGGUUGUAGUUCGGACACUGUCGGGGCCCUGACAGCGGCAACCCGUUCUCACACCAGGUUGUUUAAAGCAGCGGCUGUCCUUCCCAGACGCAGUCAUAAAUUUUAACAUUCUGAGUAUAAAAGAUUGGUUCGUUCUCAUAUAUAAA